AUUGCGAGCGGACGGCGCACGCUCGUUGGUCAAGAAUGGCAACAAGCAUUUAUUUUUUUAUUCAUUUUCAUCUAACGUUUUGUACAGUGGCGCCUGUUUGGACGAUCCUCCUUUUCGUCUGUAUGCAAUAUUGAUGCAUGAGUGUUAAUGCAUUUACUUCUCGUACAACGACUAUAUUAGCCUAUUUCCACGCCCUGUUUGAAUACAAGCCCCGCCUAUUUCUACAUACCGCCCCCUUUCAUGGCUACAUGAUCCUGCAAACUGUAAGACGAGGGAGCUCGGAAGCCUAAGUUGUACGAUCGGACGCUUUGAUUUUGGCAUUUCUGACAUUUACUGGCCUGAUAAACUACGAGAGGCUACAGAAACAGAGCCGCGGUCCGAGCUCUCUUACGGACUUAAGCGUAUUUUUUAUAUAGUUUUUUUUUCGAUUGUUUUUGGAUGAUGGACAGAAAAGGUUUCCAGAUAACCACAGCAUGACCUCCGUCUUCUUCGUGCAGUCCCGCUGUCUUUCGCGACGGGUGGAGGGCAGCGCAUGGAUCUUGACCACCAGUUGGGCGGAUACAGCAAACGCCAGCGGCUAAGAUGCUCUACUGUGAUUUUAAUUUAUCUGACUGCGGCGAAGGAAACUUAAACCUGUGACCUGUUGGCGACAACUGGAAUUGUGAAUGUGACAGCACCAUCAGAAGGAGCUUUGCCAUCCUCACAUCACUGCAAAAUGUGGCUUGCUUAGCCUCAUGGAAACGCUUGGAAGGUGUGCUUCACAGAGAAGGGGGCACAAAGGUGAAUGGGCAUUUGGAACUGUAAUCUGGGACUGCGACAAGGCCAGCUUCAGAAAACCUCUGGUGCGUCACAGGAUUUAAAAGUUUCUCAUCAGCGUCAUCUGAGGUACGUGUUGAAAGAAGUACCAGUUUUUUGCUCUAUAAUGCACCCAACACUGGAUCUCAGUUUGGCCAAAGUUAUUUUCUGGUGGAAUACUCAUCUUGCCAGGGUACCAGCGUGCUGCCUUGGCACUAGAAUGAGAACUUGAUACUUCUAGACCUCAAUUUCAGAAAACAUGAAGCUCAGAUAUUUGGCCUAGUGUCAGUCCAGGAUGCUUUUGUCAGCAGCCUCCCUCAAACCUGCUGUUAGUAGAACAGGCUGAGGAAUGUCACCUGUUGGCCGUUCAAUUGAUCGGAAUCUUGGAAUUGGAUUUAAGAGCAAACAUUUGGAAAAAUGAGAAUCAGUUUCUGCCAAGGGCUGUUGACAUUCGCCAUUGCUGUCAACUUGGUGAUCCUGUACUAUGUUUCCAGGGCACAGCAGCAAAUGAUGGAGAAACAGCGAGACUCUGGCAAGGGCGUACCCAAGCGGACAUCAGAGCUUGCUUCGGGUCCUGGAUUCUUCAAGGGCGGCGGCGGCGGUGGCGACAGCAAAAAUCCUGGCAUCACUGUAUUAGUGCGAGAGUUUGAGGACUUUGAGAACUACGUUGCUGAAGUGGCCCAGUCUUUUUUGCAGCAGAGGCCCCAGAUCCCAAUUCUGGUCGUAGCUGAUUCUCUUCCGUAUCCCCCGAUGACACUGCCAAGUGAAGCUAAACUGGUAGUUUUAAAUGUUGGCCCGGAUCAGCCACCAUAUGUGUCCAGACCUGAGUUUUACAUUCACACAGACUAUGUUCUGAUUGUCCCAGACGGCGUAAUUCUGGAUUAUGGUCGACAGUUGGACAGGCUACAGAAGGAGCUGGAAGUGGAAGGAGGUGGAGCGGUUCGGUUAGUCGCGGCCCCAGUUUUGUCUCGUUCUGCAGUCCAGUGCCUUCACCUGCAAGUUAACCUUAGGGAGUGGACGGCGACAUACACCCCAGCAGCAUCUGGGAGCAGUGGUAGCAUCUGUACGGCCUUGCAAGGGGAUGCAGUCAUCCUAAUCCGGACCGAGGAUCUUUUUAACCUCUCGAGUCCUCACGCAAGGCCGCUGAUGACAUCUCUCUUCAUGCAGACUUCCCUGAGAGGCUGGAAGGUGAAACUUCUCGAAGGAGCGGUCUUUGGAUCGAACCGGAGACCUCUGUUUGGGUCGGCGCACAACCAGUGGAAAGCAGAUACCCGCAUGAAGGAGACUACCAGUCGUCUGAUGAAACGGUUUGGCAUCAAACAGGUCAUCCAGGCUGACGGCAAACAGCAGUGGUUUGGGUGCAGCAAGGAGACCUCCCGGUGUUUUGGUACAAUUCACGACGACACGCCUGAAUAUCUCUACGUGGAUCGCUGGACUCCUCCUUGCUGCUUGCGAGCACUCAGGGAAACUACGAAAUAUGUCAUCAAUAUUUUAGAAAAGUCUGGGGUGCGCUAUUGGCUGGAAGGAGGGACACUUCUAGGCGCUGCUCGCCACCAGGACCUUAUACCUUGGGAUUAUGAUGUGGAUCUGGGAAUCUACUUGGAAGAUAUACCUAAUUGCGACUUCUUAAAGAAUUUGGACUCAGGAUCCUUGGUGGACGCGAAUGGUUAUGUGUGGGAGAGGGCCGUCGAAGGCGACUUCUACCGCGUUCAGUACAGUGAAGCCAAUCACUUGCAUGUGGACCUCUGGCCCUUCUAUCCUCGCAAUGGCAUGAUGACUAAGGACACCUGGAUGGACCACAAGCAGGAUGUUGAGUUCCCCGAGCACUUCCUGCAGCCUUUGGUCCCCAUGCAGUUUGCAGGGAUCACAGCCUACGCCCCUAAUAAUUAUCGCAGCUUCCUGGAACUCAAAUUUGGGGAAGGAGUGAUAGAGAACCCCCAGUACCCAAAUCCAUCCAAAAAGAAGCUUGAAAGGAAACUUUUGGUUUGGGCUUAAUCGUCUAUUGCCGUUUCUGGAAAAGGAAAUUUGAAUAACACGGCCAAAGGGAAAGGUGGAGUCAAAAAAGUGGCCAUGUCGUGACUACUACUGUAAUUACGCUGCUAAUGGGUGUGUAAAUUGAUGUUUGCAGAAAAACAUGUGACUCAUCAUCCCGCCUCGGUAUUAACGUCGAUAAAUUCAUAUGGCUGCAGGCUCGUUUUGAGUCAAAUUCCUUCAGUUGUCUUUUCGUAGCUUUGUGCUUGGGACCGUCACAAUACUAAACAAGAUGUAAUAUCUGGGGGGCAAUGCCCCAUCUGCCAUCGCUGUAUAAACAAUCCCCGUUCUGAGACAAUUUCUAUAUGCCUAACUGAAUUCCGUGUUUUACUGAAUUGCUCCUCAGUUUAGAACAUUGGGUUUCAUUUUUAAGACACUUCUCUCUUUUGAACACUGCAUUGUGGCACCACGCUCCCAAAUACUGUAUCUGUGCCAUACUGACUUUCAGAAGUUCUGGAGGAAACCUUGUGCUUCUCCAUGGCCAAAAUGUGUUGUAGGUGGGUAAGGCAUGUCACGUUAGUCGUUAAAGAAGCAGUGGAUGAAUGAUAAUGUGAGGCAGAGCCGCGUUAAAGAAUCUAAAAGUAUACACAAACUACUGACGUCUGAUUCUCACCAAUGAGGAUGAAGAGACGCUUGUUAAUGUUAACACCCGUGCAUCUUCCAAGUGUGUGCGUCGACACGUGUUUUUCACAUGCAUAGGUCUGUGCGUUUUUCAUGUGCUAAUUCCAUAUGCAUCUGAUUCGUCACUUUGUGCUUAAAUAAAGUUCUUUGGUGAGAAAAAAAACAAAA